AUGCCAUCACCGCCACUGCCCGACGACGACGACGGCGACAAAAACCAGGAUGCGGAAGGGAUACUGACAGGCUACCUAGCGGCCCUACCGCCAAGCGUGAGCCUCACAGGUGAGGAUGAGGGCCUUCUGAGGUCCUUCCUCCGAACCCUGUGCGAGGGGCCCGACACGCCCGUGCCUAUCCCUACGCUGCUGACGACCUCACUGCCCAGGACCUACCACGCCGGCACGGGCAGGUCGCAGACGGAGUACCUGGCCCGGGCGAUAAAGCGGGCGAGACAUGAGGUCAUAUUCGUCACAUGUUUCUGGGCGGCGAGCGACUCGCUGGCCAUCCUCUCCGCCGCGCUGAGGGAGUUGUCCGCGCGCGCGCUGGCGGGAUCCCGCAGGAUUCGCGUGCGGAUAUGCUUCAGUUCCGUGUCGGCGUGGCAGAAGGUUAGGCAGAGCUUCCCUCCCGGUGGCGGGGGGAGGAAGGGGAGGGUGAGGAGGACAUGGGAGUGUUUGGAGGAGUUGGGCUUGCCGGGACGUGGGGAGGUGCGGGGCUUGGAUGUCGUCGUUUGGAGCUUGUUCUUCCCGCCCUUCUCCGUGCUGCACGGGAAGUAUUGCGUCGUGGAUCGGAGGUCGGUCUUCAUCGGGAGUGGGAAUGUCAGCUGGGAGUGCUGGGGGGAGGGUUGUGGGGGGUUUGGAGGGGGCGGGUUUGUCUCGUCGGUUUUGGCAUACUACAGGGCCGUUUGGGGGGAUUAUGGGGAGGUGCCGGGUUUAGCUGAGGAUGAUGAUGAUGGUGAGGAAGAUAGAGAAGGAGAGGAGGAAGACGCCCUAAAAGAGAUCAAAGAAUAUCCAACAAUCCUCCUCCCAAACCCUCACCAUCCCAAUCCAAACUUUCCCAUCCGCUCCUCCAUCCGAUCGUUAACCUCCCUCCUCCUCCCAUGCCUCCCAAUCCCCCAACAACAACAACAACAACCCCACUCCCCACAACCCCCACCAAACACCCCCCAAAACGCCUUCCUCCUGACCCUCCUCUCCCACGCCAAGACAUCGAUAACAAUUCACACCCCAAACCUAACCUCGAAACCCCUCCUCGCCUCCCUCCUCUCGGCCGCUUCCAGAAAGCUGCGCAUCACCAUAAUAACCUGCCGGAACAUGAUGCGUCUGGAGCAACUCGCCACGACCCCCUUCUCCACCACGGAAUCCUGCGUGAGAGCCUUCGUCGCCUCGCUCCCGGGCGUCGAGAACGUGCACUUGGGUUAUUGGCGCGGUGGUGGGGAGGUCAGGCAGUGGCACGUCAAGGCUCUGAUAGUCGACGACGCUUGGACCGUUAUUGGCAGCGCGAAUGGCGAUCGCGCGAGUUGGUGGGGGUCCGGGGAGAUCAAUGUUUGUGUUUUUGGCCGGGGGUAUGCAAGAGAUGUUGGCGGGAGGUUGGAGAGGUGGGCUGUCGAGGCUGGUGGGGUGGAGUGGGUUCUCGGUGGUAGGGAAUUGGCGGCUUGAACUUGGUCACGGGGGCUCACUCGGUUGUUGUUGAUGGUCUGUAUGGAGUUUGUUGGAUUUGUUGAACUGGAUGAGGUGAUUCCGCCAACGUUCCCCCCUCCAAGGCCGUGCUUUUUCGGCACUAUUGUGUCUGUACAGGUAGUAAUGGGACGUGGGUAUCGCCACUUUUGUGCAUGAUAACCCCCAGACACCCACCCCCCUUUCCGACCUGGGCCGGCUCCCAUGCUUGUAAUGUGCCCAUCAUAACUUUAUACGCACCAACCCAUCCACCCUGUAGAGAAAUUGGGAGACUCAAUUAGGAGGAGGAAAUAUCCGUUUUUUAUUGUUUUAUAUCAAACCGAUUAUUUAACCCCUCCAC